AUGGCAAAUUCCUUUUUAUUGCCUAUUGUAGUCGCCGCAAUAUCCUUUCGUGGUCUCGUCGACGCGUAUCCCAUAUCCCCUGUCCCUCCCUCACCACCUGAUGCAUGGGUUUACCUGGCAGUUAUAACCUCGAUUUUCGUAUCCCUCGCCUUUCUCAUGGUCGCGAGGAGCACUUUUUCUCGAUGGCGCCGACAUUCAACAUCCACUCAGCUUCGGAAAAACAGUUAUCUGACCCAACGGGCUCAUCCUAUUCGUUCGCCGACUUUGAUCUUCCCCAAGCGUUGUAUCCUAUCAUCGACCAAGAUUCGCAUGAAAUCGUCCGGGAUCCUGGUCGGCUUUCUGGGCUCCCCUAAUUGGGAAAUUACUGGCGUUAUGAAAUCCGUCGAGUCUGACUGGCGCUGGGCACUACCAGUGGACAAGAAAUAUCCCAGCCCAGCCAAGUCGCCUCAAAGAUCGGCAGCGAUACACUGGGCGAUAAAGACCAUGCAUUACAACCAAUCUACAGCGCCGGCCUCACUUAAUUUGCUCGACUCUGCGGUGGAUUCUCUGUCCCAGGCUCCCCCACUUCCACCUGUUCACCACACUGGCUUUCAUUUAACCUCAUCGACUACAAAAGCUACGUCAAACUUUCAGACAUGCGUGGGGCGCUGCGCCAUCAGGGGCCCAUUCACUGGUCAUCUGACGUCUAGUCAUAAUGUGGCGACUACUUCUAGUCAGACGUUUUCCCUCCCAGGAGUAUUGGAGCGCGAUUUCUCCGUACCACAGCGACUACAAUGCCUUUCUUCGACGCCUCCCGGUCCAACUAUCUCCAAACAAUUUGAUUCAUUACAGGCACACCCACCGUCCCCGCAUGCUUCAGCUUCGACGAGCACCGUCAAUCGCGCGGGACGAUCCGUCAGACUCGUCCAACGAAGCUCAGAAGUCGAAUCUUCUGACUCAGCUCAUGCUACCACCCCUGGUCUCAGGAUUCGCGGUGUUACUACGUCACUUCCACUAGAUAUAAGCAGUCUGGGCCUGUUGCAGGUAUCCCCGCAACUGUGCCCACCUUUACAACGCAGUUCAUCCCCUCUUCGCAUGACUUUCAGUCCCGCCAUUGGACCAUCACCCCUUCGCAGCAUGAUGUUACCCAUCUCUUCGAGCGACGAAGUGUCAGCCUACCUCCUCUCUGGAGAACAUGACUCUCCGACUAAUUCACAGCGCAGUACCCCUUCACACAGUUCGCGCAAACACCUCGCGAAAAAUCCCUAUGACCACUUGGGCUUAGGCCACCCUUCGAGAAGCCCGAUUGAAAGCAACGUCACGCCUACCAUCUCCCAGCGUUCGAUUCGAAGUGAUCCUCCAGCAUCACCGCACGGUCAGGCGUCGACCACGACACAGGGGUCAGCUGCACUCGAGGACAUGAUCCACCAACUAGUACAAGCGACUAGCGACUGGGAUGAUAGUGUUUUCGUCAACGAGGAUUUCAGGUCUCUCAUAGAGACAUCCAAGUCUCCAAGUUCUCCAGGGACAGCCCAAUCUCCACCAUCGAGACGAGAAGCUACUCCCCAGUUAGAGGCGUCGUCCGAGGAAGCCAUGAUGCCGUGCAGCUCCUCGACAGGCCAUUUUUAUUCUCCGUACUUCUAUUCUUACAGCGAAAUGUCCCGGUUACCUCUAUUCUCGAUACCAGAAGAACCUUAG